AUGGGAUUCCUUUCAUGGCCGUAUCCUGAGGAAUCGGUAGGGUACUGGGGUAACGUCACGUCAACUAUUGAUUGGUGCGAAGAAAACUAUGUCGUUUCUUAUUAUGUAGCAGAAUGGUCAAAUACAAUAAGUAAUAUUGUCUAUUUAAUGACUACAUUUUAUUCGACGUAUUGUACAUACCGAAACUCAUUAGAGUUUCGGUUUUAUCUAAUCGGCGCUGGUUACGGUAUAGUAGGGGUUGGUUCAUGGCUAUUCCAUAUGACUUUACAAUAUCGGUUCCAAUUAUUAGAUGAAUUACCCAUGAAUUAUGCAAUGAGUAUCCCAGUUUGGAGUCUCGUCUCUGAAGCUAUUGACGAAAUCCGUAGCAUCAAGGAUAGGAAGGAGAAAAAGGAGCAAAGUCAUAAAGAUGAAAUACUUACUGGAUCCCUUAUUUUUUUGACUAUUUCCAUAGUAACAUGGAUCUACCUUAAAUCAAAAGAUACUGAUGUUCAUGAAGUCUUAUUUGGAGUACUAGUUGUUCUAGUUGCCAUUAGCUCUGGAUUGCUGACUCAUAACCACACAAUCGAUUACGACAUGAAGAAGAAUCUCUAUUCAGCAAUGGCUUUAGGGGUAGUGUUCUUCUUAUCAGGAUUUACAGCAUGGAAACUAGAUAUUCAUUAUUGCAAUUUUUGGAUCUACUUAAGGAGAAAUGUUUUAGCUUUACCACUCGGUAUGUUCCUUGAAUUACAUGGUUGGUGGCAUGCAUUAACUGGUGUCGGCAUAUAUUAUUAUCUUGUAUAUUUACAGUAUUUGAGAGUCAUCACUACAGGAACAUACGGCAAAUAUAAAUUUAUUUGGAGAUGGAAGAUAUUCCCAGAACUUGUUCCAAAAGAUAUGGAAAUAUCUACCCAAUAUUCGAAUACGUUAUUUGGUUCCCUCGUAACAACAAAAGAUUCAAAAGAAGAAGAAAAUCGUAAGAAGAAAUGA